UAUGUGGUGGCUCCCGCGUCCAGCUCCUUGAACGUGAACAGUUUAUCUGAAGAGCACUUUUCAAAAUACCAUCACUAGCGGGGUACCGGUAACAAUCUCACUUAGAAGGGAGUUGGUCGUCGGUUAGUUUAACUACUCCUUGCAUUGGAGUCACAUCUCUAUAGCUCUACCAGCGAUGGAGACUUGGGCUGGCUUCUGCCCAGGCUUGCGCUUAACUCUGUGUACCUGGCUUCUGAUCUCUGCUCAUACCCAGCUAAAUGCCAAGGCUAAGAUAACUUGUGCGUCGUGCCCGUCGCCCGUCCAGCUAUACCUGGAGGAAUUACAACUGGAUACCGGUACGCGCGCGGCUGCUGGUCCUAGCCAGGCGUCCAAAGCUUUGAAACAGGUCCAGCUGGAGUACCAGCUACUCGGAGAAUAUAAACAAAAUACUGGAGUACUAAGCGACCGGCUACAGGCAGGUAUUUUCGAAGAUGGGUUAAGGUUCAGUAACGAUGGAGUUACCUCAAAAGUCGCACAGGAAGAUUCUGACGGGCCCAUGGAAAGAGGAGAAACUUACCGUGGUGAAUAUAAUGCUGGGGUUUAUAAUUUGCAACACCUCGAGGCUGAGGAUGCGGCGCUGCGGAGGAUGAAGCGAAGCGGUCCCAAACACCCCGAAUUUAGUGAGAGCAUGAGGACUGGUGGCCCCGGUUUUGAGAGAGAGACCUCGGAUGAGAUAAGGAGUCCAGGUCCGUUAUUGGACGGACAAAGACUGGGCCGAUCUGAAUUCAAGUGGACCAGGGAUGAGGGAAGAGGGACUUCCAGAGAUGAUCCUAAACUAACCAGCACUACUUUCGCCCUGACCGGGGACUCCGCUCAUAACCACGCAGUGGUGUAUUGGUCGGGACAAAACAGCAGCGUGAUCCUGAUUCUGACCAAACUCUACGACUUUCACCUGGGCAGUGUAACAGAGAGCACGCUUUGGAGAUCAACAGACUAUGGAUCAACUUACGAGAGGAUGAAUGACAAAGUGGGAUCUAAGACAGUUCUGAGCUACCUGUAUGUCUGUCCAUCCAACAAGAGAAAGAUAAUGUUACUGACCGACCCUGAGUUUGAGAGAAGUGUGCUCAUCAGCUCGGAUGAAGGAGCCAACUAUCAGAAGUACCGCCUCAGCUUCUACAUACUCAGCCUGCUGUUUCAUCCAACACAGGAGGAUUGGGCCCUAGCCUACAGCCAUGACCAGAAGUUGUAUGUCUCCCUCGACUUUGGGCGAAAAUGGCAGCUCGUUCACGAGCAUGUGAACAGGUUCUACUGGUCUAUAACAGGUCUAGACAAGGAUUCAGAUCUGGUUCACAUGGAAGCACACACCCCUGACGGACGAGUACAGUAUGUUACAUGUCGGGCUUUAUCAUGCUCAGAGCCCAACAGGAACUACCCAUUCCCUGGGUACAUUGACAUCAGCUCGCUGGUGGUCCAAGAUGACUAUAUGUUCAUUCAGGUUACGACAGCGGGACGGGCCAGCUACUAUGUGUCCUACAAGAGAGAACCAUUCCUCCAAAUUAAACUGCCCAAAUACUCCUUACCUAAGGACCUCCACAUCGUGAGCACCGAUGAGCACCAGGUCUUUGCGGCAGUCCAAGAGUGGAACCAGAACGACACCUACAACCUGUACCUCUCUGAUACCCGGGGCAUCUUCUUCACCCUUGCCUUGGAAAACGUCAAGACCACCCGCGGCCUGGGUGGCAACCAGAUGCUCGACCUGUACGAGGUAGCAGGUAUCAAAGGCAUGUUGAUUGCUAACAAAAGGCUGGAUAACCAGGUCAAGACUUACAUCACCUACAACAAGGGCCGUGAUUGGAGGCUACUGCAGGCACCGGGGUCGGACCUGGCUGGAAAUGAUAUUCACUGUAUACUGCCCUUCUGUUCGCUCCAUCUCCAGCUGCAGACAUCAGAAAACCCGUAUCUGUCAGGCAGCAUAUCAACCAAGGCUUCAGCACCCGGAAUUAUAGUGGCCACAGGGAAUAUUGGAUCUGAGCUCUCAUACAAUAAUGUUGGAAUGUUCAUCUCAUCUGACGCUGGUAACAACUGGAGACAGAUAUUCGAGGAGGAGCACAACAUCUGGUUUCUGGAUAAAGGAGGGGCCCUAGUCGCUGUGAAACAACCAACAAUUCCUACCCGACAUUUACAGAUCAGUUUCGAUGAGGGGCGGCAGUGGACCAGACACAGCUUCUCCCUGGUGCCUCUGUUCGUAGAUGGGAUGCUGGUGGAAGCCGGGACGGAAAACCAGAUCAUGACGUUUUUCGGGCACUUUAGUCAUCGGUCCGAGUGGCAGCUUAUCAAGAUAGACUACAAGUCCAUCUUCAACAGAAAAUGUACAGAAGGAGACUAUCAAACCUGGCACCUUCACAACAAGGGCGAACCAUGUGUAAUGGGCCAGAAGCAGAUCUAUAUGAAGCGUCGACCUGGCAACUAUUGCAUGCUGGGAAAAGACUACGCCAAAGUCCUCUCUGCUGAGUCAUGUAUCUGUCGGGCCCAUGACUUUGAAUGCGAUUACGGCUAUGAGCGUCGCGCAGACGGAAACUGUCUACCAGCUUUCUGGUACAACCCAUCCGCCAUGUCGCGAAACUGCAGCCAAGGACAGGACUACCUCAACAGUACAGGGUACCGUAAAGUGGUGUCCAACAACUGCACCAAUGGGGUCAAGGAGAUGUACACACCCAGGAAGCAGCUGUGUCCCAACAGGGCUCCGAGAGGCCUGUCUCUGGCCACCCGAGAGGGCAAGCUCACCACCAACCUGGCCACGAACGUCACCUUCCUCAUUCAUCUGGACGAGGGAGACUCAAUGAGAACCAACAUCCAGCUGGAUUUCGGUGACGGCACAGCGGUCUCCUACUCCAACCUCAGCUGGAUCGAGGAAGGCAUAAGACACAUGUACAGGACGGCCGGGAUAUUCCGCGUGUCCGCCUUGGCAGAGAACACGCUGGGAUCGGACAGCGCCGCCUUAUAUCUCCACGUUACGUGUCCUGUGGAACAUGUCCAGCUUCUGGCUCCCUUUGUGGCCAUCAAGAACAAGGAAGUUAACCUGACGGCAGUGGUCUGGCCCAACCACUCCAGGACCCUGACCUACUUCUGGUGGCUGGGAAACAGCACUGAGCCGGUGAUCAGCAUAGACGGGAGUAUCUCAUACACCUUCACCAGAGAGGGAAUGAACACUGUUACAGUCCAAGUGUCAUCAGCCAACACCAUACUGCAAGACACCAAGACAAUAGCAGUACAAGAGUUCUUCAAAUCGCUGCUUUUAUCUUUCUCCCCUAAUCUGGACGAGUACAACCCUGACAUCCCUGAGUGGAGACAGGAUGUGGGUAGAGUCAUUAAGAAGGCUCUGCUCCAAGUGUCAGAAUUUCCAGAGGAUCAGCUAUUGGUUGCCGUGUUCCCAGGAGUGCCAACAGCUGCUGAGCUUUUUCUGUUACCACACAAGAACCAAUCAGAGGACAGGAAAAAAAGUGAGGAGGAGCUGGAGCAGAUCUCAGAGAUUCUUGCCAGCGCUCUGAACCAGAAUCUGGUAGAUUUUGAGUUAAAGCCAGGAGCCAGAGUAAUUGUUUACGUCACACAGCUAACUUUGGGUAAGGAAAGAACUCCUCUGGUGGAUUCGAUCCCCAGACACAGUAGUUCAGCCAUGUUGAUGCUCCUGUCCAUCGUAUUCCUGGGUCUGGCUGUGUUUCUCAUCUACAAAUUCAAGAGAAAAAUCCCCUGGAUUAACAUAUACGCAGAGGUGAACCAGGAGAAAGAGCAGGAGAUGAUCGGUUCGGUCAGCCAAAGUGACAGCACGCCUAAGAUUACCCUCAGUGAAUUCCCCACACCCAAAGAACUGAUGGAGAAGGAGCUGGAUGCCAGGGUUAAACGUAAGAUAGGGGGAAUUGGAAAUGCCUGCGAGAUCACAAGGGAGAUUCCUAACUGUACUAGCGUGUGAAGACCGCAGAAGAAAUGCAACAAAUGUGUACAGACUGAAAGUAUUGCCAUUUUGGAGGGUUUUCUCUUUUUUGGUUUCUUUUGUAAUUUCACAAAUUCAAACUCGAUGUUAAUAGUUUUCUAAGGACCUCAUUUAUACUGAUUUGCAUGGGUGUCUUGUUUGAAAGCAUCUAUGCGGCAAAUCUGAAAUCCACUGAAUGAGACAAGUUUUAAUUAUGAAUACAACAUUCAAAGUGUAACUUAAAUAUGACUUACUUAGGCUACUGUUACACAAAUUGGAUUACAAUGAAAUGCUUAAAUCGCGUACCGUAACUGUAUAUUUCAUGGACUUUGAACCUUUGAAGAGAAGUAUGCACAUUUCUUUAAGUCCUACUUUUCAUGAGGUUUAGCGCUUUUUUCUGUGUAUGGGUCAUCAUUUGUAGGUCUCUGACCUAACAGGGAAUAUUAUCAGAAAUGUACUAUAUUAUCUUUGUUUUGGCUUUCUCCCUGUAUAUACUAACGUUACAUGUGCACUUACUUUCCACAUGCUUGUAGUAAAAGUACAAUGCCGGAGGCCUGGAAAGCUAAUUCCAGUCUGUUAUUAGUUCUUUAAAAGUGUGUUAUAAAGCGAGAUGUUACUUAUUAAACAAGUUGAUUUUUUUUUUUCUUCAA